AGGACCUGAAAGAAAAAGGGUACUUUCGUUAUUGUUGAACUGAACAUUUUCUCCUGAAAUCUCGUUCUUCGUUCGGAGUGGGCAAAGCUAUUCUGGGAAGGUACUCCUCUUGCUAUGAUGAUAUGUGAUCUCCAUUUAUAAACGUUAAAAAUCUGAUUAUCAUGACAUAUUUGUAUUUUUUUUUGAGGAGAUGUGGCGCUUGAGAAACCCGCAAGAUGCACAUUCUUUAUGUUGCUUGUUUUUAACUGCAUUCACAGCUGUUCUUUUUCAGGCACUUUGGGCUUCUUCAAUUGCGACACCAAGUUCCAAUUGCUAUGCUUUUGAUAAUUCCAGUCAUAUUUAUGAUUUUAGUAGCUGGAUUGGACACCAUUUCGAGUAUGAGGGGAAGGAUUCCGACUUGGUGGUUAGAUUCUGUAAAGAUGUGGAGACUAGAGCACAGACGGGAUAUGUGGAUUUUGGGAGAUUUGAUAAGUUCAACUAUUUUGUUGCUGGUUCAGGACACAUUAACUUUGUUCAAGAAUUUUUCAACGGUGACCUCUUAAACUGUGAGAAGAGUUAUGACAAAAUGGGACGUACAUCUCAGGUAAACAUCAUAUGUGGAAGUUGUCUAAAUGGACAAUGUAAGGGUGGACUUGGAUGCAUAUGCAAUGUUACAUUUGAGUCAGCUUGCAGAGCUCUUGUUGAACUUGCCAUUCCAUGCGAGAAACAGGGUUUGCGUGUAUUUGAAGGCUACACAGUUGGUUUUCAUCCACGGUCAUGGGAAGUUGUUUAUAAUGGCAUGACUCAAGUGGGCUUUGAAAAGUCUUACCAUGAAUUCAGCUUUGGAACUGAACAAACUCAUGUAGUCCUUUAUAUGACAGCAGUUGCUUCCCUUUCCAGUUUAGUGCGGAAACCAAUCAUUAAGGUUUUCCCAGAACAUGGCCUAGAGGUCAGGUUAUCAGGAUCAGGAGCAACUGGGAGACCCUCAACAACUUUAUCACCCACUGCAUUGAUUGUGGAUUGGAGAUGUGAGAAGGCCCAAGCUACUCCAUAUGAAGUUGAGAUUACUAUCCCAGUAGAGAGUUAUGAACCCAUCCAGUUUAUUUUUACAAAAAUGUGUGAAUAUAGGCAGGAUGAAGGGGGAGACACUAUGAGAGGAUGGGCUAUGUUUGGAGUGUUUUCUUGCAUUUUUAUUGUUUUCUCUGCACUAUUUUGUUGUGGAGGGUUUGUUUACAAGACACGAGUGCAAAACCAGCGAGGACUUGAUGCAUUGCCGGGCAUGACUAUUUUGUCUGCACUUUUAGAAACUGUGAAUGGAGGAGGCCAUGGCUAUAUGCGAGCAGAAGACGUUAACAGUCCUUUUAUCAAUCAAGCCUCUUGGGAACGUCCGCCUGUUUCUGCUCAAGGAACAAGGGGAACAACUGAGAGAAAAUAUGGUUCGAUUUGAAUCUAAGAUGGCCACCUAUACAACAGAUGAGUUCACUUUCUCCUACUCCGACUUAGAUGGUAUACUAGUAACACUCAAUACACAAUUCUCUAUAAGAAAAGCAAAUGUGCUCCAAUAUUUUAGAUGGUACUCCCUGGAUACGAAGGAUUUGAUUCCUACGGUUUCUUCCAUCACAGAAUGACCAGAUGAAGGCUUUCUUUUGGCCGGGGGAAAACAAUGUAACACGACGCGGUGUUUGUAUGCCAAAUCCUGAUAUAUCUGUUUCUUGGCGGACUCGAAUGCAGUGAGGGUUAUAUACUAGUCAUGUACUCGUGUGUUAUAUGUGAUUGAAGAGAGAAAAUAAUAAUAAUAAUAAUAAUCAUGAAUCACUUCUUCUUUCUGCAGUA